ACGUUUUAGAAGUUCUAAGAUGGCGACCGUACAUCUGAGGAUCGGGGAUUUGGUUUGGGGAAAGCUGGGACGGUACCCACCUUGGCCAGGAAAGAUUGUAAGUCCUCCAAAGGAUUUGAAGAAGCCGAGAGGGAAAAAAUGUUUUUUCGUAAAAUUUUUUGGAACUGAAGAUCAUGCUUGGAUAAAGGUGGAACAGCUGAAGCCCUACCACCCCCACAAGGAAGAGAUGAUUAAGAUAAACAAAGGCAAGCGGUUCCAGCAGGCGGUUGAUGCGGUGGAAGAGUUCCUAAAGAAAGCUAAAGGAAAAGAACAGGCUUCCAGUAAUUCUGAAGACAAAAAUAAAUCGACCACAGCUGAUUCAAAAGGUCGAAAGAACCCUGCGAAAACUGUGAAGUUACUCCUGGAAGAGGAUGAUGAAGACCUUAUCUCUCACAGAGGAGGCUGUUCUGAAAAGGAUUUAACUGAUUCUGACCCUGAACCUUCCUCUGUUCAACGUCUGGUUGCUGGGACAGUCUCAGGAUUCAAAUGGGACAGCAGUCCAGUAAAGGAUGACCCUCAUUUCCACCACUUUCUGCUCAGCCAGUCUGAGAAACCUGGUUCUUCGAUGGAGCCCAUAAGCAAAAGACUGAAAAUUGUUGAGGAGGAUACGGGAUCAACGUCUAUUCAGGCAGCUGACAGUACAGCCAUCAACGGCAGCAUCACACCCACAGAUAAACGGAUAGGAUUCCUUGGGCUUGGGCUAAUGGGAAGUGGCAUAGUGUCAAAUCUGUUAAAAAUGGGCCACAUCGUCACUGUUUGGAAUCGCACGGCAGAAAAGUGUGACUUGUUCAUCCAAGAGGGAGCCAGGUUAGGUCGAACGCCUGCAGAAGUGGUGUCCAUGUGUGACAUCACCUUUUCCUGUGUCUCAGACCCUAAAGCAGCCAGGGAUCUGGUCCUGGGCCCCAGUGGUGUGCUGCAGGGAAUCAGACCAGGAAAGUGCUAUGUGGAAAUGUCCACUGUAGACCCAGAGACGAUCACAGAACUCGCACAGGUCAUCACGUCCAGAGGGGGGCGCUUCCUGGAGGCGCCUGUGUCUGGCAGCCAGCAGCUGUCUAACGAUGGGAUGUUAGUUAUUUUAGCUGCUGGAGACCGAACUGUGUAUGAAGACUGCAGCAGCUGCUUCCAAGCAAUGGGAAAGACUUCUUUCUUCUUAGGUGAAGCGGGCAAUGCUGCAAAGAUGAUGCUGAUUCUAAACAUGGUGCAGGGCAGUUUCAUGGCAACAAUCGCCGAGGGACUUACCCUGGCUCAAGCCACUGGCCAGUCACAGCAAACAUUCUUGGACAUUCUAUGUCAAGGGCAAAUGGCAAGCAUUUUCCUGGAUCAGAAAUGCCAAAAUAUUUUGCAGGGAAACUUCAAACCGGAUUACUAUUUGAAACACAUUCAGAAAGAUCUUAGGUUAGCUAUUACAAUGGGUGAUUCCGUCAAUCAUCCAACACCAAUGGCAGCAGCGGCCAAUGAGGUCUACAAGAGAGCAAAAGCAUUGGACCAGUCAGACAAUGACAUGUCUGCCGUCUACCGAGCCUAUAUUCACUGAACAUGUAGACGUACUUCAGACUCUGGACCAUAUUGUAUCCCCCCCCCCAUCUCCUUUUUUAUGAAUAUGAUCAGAUUCUGCCUGCCUUGCAACAAGUGGUUCAUCUUCCAGUAUGAGAUGGGAGCCCUAAGUAGCCAAAUUUGAGCAUUGCACUGACUUUGUUAUAGAGCAACAUCCAAAACAACGUGAGGUUGUUCAGCUUCUUGCCUUUGUUUGACGCCAGGUUAUGAUGGGUAAAAGUAAUGCAGUGUGUUCUGUAUGAAUUUGUCUCUACCCAUUGCAGACAGUUUUUGAAUGCAGUCUAAUUUGAAGGUGCUUCGGAUAAGGUUUAGUUAAUUCUGUAUAUCUGCACACAUUGUGAGGUUUUGUUUUUGGUGUACAUUUUCCUAUGAAUGUCCAGAAAUGCAUAAAUUAAUGAAAUAUAUUAGAGUGAACCCAGAAAAGCACCAGGAAAUGCCAUUGGUUUGCCUUAAUUCUGUGACCCCUGACUAAUAGAUGUAUUUAUUUAUUUCAUUAUCUUCAGAGCUUAUUUACUUCUGCAUUCAACGCCGUUUGGCCACAGAUUCCUUCACAAUACUGAAAAUUGGGGGUAAAGUGAUUAGUUAUGUCUUAAAACUUUAGCAGAUUCCAAUGCCUUAAAAUGCAGUAUCCUUGUUUCAACUCUUAAACCUUGAAAGGGUUAGUCAAUAUGGUAAGCUUUUGGUUUGCCGUUGCUGCAGUGCACCAUACAAUAUUGAGUUGCUUGUCCAGUAUUACAGCUGUACUGAACACUGAACCUGUUUUCUUUGAUUUUACCAUUUUCCCAGUUUAACUGUGAUUGAGCCGAUGGCAGCUGACAAAUGCUUAAGUUGUACAUUGUCCUGCUGUUUGUAAUUAAACAGCUAAUCAGAUAGCAGUUGCUUCUUCAGGUUUUGGAAGAGGGGUGCUAGAAUCCUUUAUAACACAGUGUGAAGAGUCAGUAAACUGGUUGUAUUAGGACAAUAAGGAUUUGUGAAGGAGACUUAUUUACAACAAAACACUUGCACUGUAUAACAUCCCCUUUCCUCCAAAUUUGGAUAUCGCCUGGCACUCUGGCUGUGAAUUACAGGUUUUCAGACAUGCCCGUAUAGGCUUUUUUUUGCCUUAAUUUGUUUUGAUUGAGAGAAAUGAAAUCUGCCAAAGGUUUCAAAUAUGCUUGAAAAAUGAAGGCAAUGGGUAAAUUUAGCCAAGAUCAAUGUAACAAACUGCAUUACUUUUUAAGGAAAAAAAAAGUAGUACUCUGCUUUCAUAAGACAUAUUUUUGGAAGUUUCAUUUCUGGGCAAAAAAAAGUUAAAUACUUUUGUAAUGUUUGUAGCCCUUUUAUUUUGAGUAAAUAUUGUUUAUUAAAAGCUGUACAUUAAGAAAAUUUGAUAACAUUGACAUAUUUUAAAUCUUGUGCAGCCCAUGCUUUCUCUGCAGAUCCUUUGGCUUAAUGUGAGGAUUUUUAUUUUGCAUGUCAAAAUAACAGGUCGACAUUAUCCCAUUUGCUUGUUUUAAUAAGCAUUUUCUUUUACCAAAUACAGAUGUGAAUUGCUUGUCUAUGGCUGUUACACAGUACUGUGUAUAAAGACCUUUUAAUAAUUUAAAUAAGUUGUAAAUAGCCCAAAUGCAGUCACAUUGCGAUAUGAUUUUGAUUAUAGACAGUACUGAAUUUAUUAAUCAUUUGGUGUCUUAAUACUGUAGAUUGUUCUGUUAUGUGUUUGCUCUUGAAUUUUUUCCCGUUUGUUUCCUUUUGUUGUAAAUGGGUUAUUGACAUGUUUCAUAAACUUGCUGAUAACAUUUAAGGAAAUGGACAAGCUGGAUAAUCAGUCUCAUUUUGUGGAAGGCCGUUCUCGCUGUUCUGUUUUUGGAAUAUUUAUAAUUUGGUAUACUGUUGAAGU